CUUUUCUCUGUGUGUGCUUCGGGCACACUGUGUCGCUUCGGAUCCGCUCGUGUUCUCUCGGCAGUCUCCGCCGCAUCUCUUUCCUGAGACUUCAUGAAAACAAACGGCCGAGCCGCCAUCCUCUCUCCGGGUUUGCCCGCGUGCAGUUCGUUGCGUGUGCUUUAGUUUCGGAGAGAAUAUCGUUGACUUGAGGAGGCGCCAGGAGCGGGUUCCGUGUUUGCAGUUCUCCUGCGGUUCGUGUCGAGCUCGGCUGGUCUCGGACCCCGCUCUGCCCCGCGGCUGCUCGUUCACAUUCGGCUCUUGUCGUUCGGCGGAAGAAUGGACGAGGCGGACUCGGCCACGAAGGCACUCGGGCUGGAUGAACCGCCCAUCGGCAUGCAGACGGUUGACGGCUCGGAUACCGAGUCGGAGGCCGAAGUCACCACGAUGGCCGUGAUGGCCGAACCGGGAAACAUCGACAUGGGAGCCGAGUCCUUGCCGAACCCAGACGAGGCUGAGGCGGCAUUCGCAGAGGUGACGGCUGUGACGGUGGGAGACGUUCAAGCUGCAGAGGACAACGUUUUCACUACUACUGUUGCCACAUCAGGAAGUCUACCUGAGCACAUGCUGAGUGGGAGGACAACCCUUCAGCUGGGCGAAGGUCUCAAUUCCCAGAAAGCCACUUUGAUUGUGGUUCACACCGACGGCAGCAUUGUGGAGGCUGCUGGCCUCAAGUCUGCCACUGCCAUCGCAUCAGGCCCACAGACGCCGCCCACCCCGCUGACUCCACCUCAGGACAAAGACUCCUGUUCCAAGUACAAUUGGGACCUGUCGGUCUACAACAACGAGCUGCCGGUCCGCUGCAGGAACACUAGCGGAGUCCUCUACAAGAACCGACUAGGAUCAGGAGGUAAAGGUCGCUGCAUCAGACACAACCAGCAGUGGUUCACUCCUACUGAGUUUGAGGGUCUGGCAGGAAGAGCGAGCAGCAAAGAUUGGAAGAGGAGCAUCAGAUACGCUGGAAGACCUCUGCUCUGCCUCAUACAGGAACGUAUCCUGAACCCCCACGCUGCCUCUUGUACCUGUGCAGCCUGCUGUGAUGACCUCACAGGGUGUCCAAAGGACACAGAGGCCCUGGUUGCAGAAAACAUCAGUAUGACUGGUCCAGUCCGCCUCUUUGUCCCAUACAAGAGACGAAAGAAGGACACUGAUCCCCCGGUCACUCCCCCCAAAAAGGAACUUCCUGCCACCAAAAACAUCACACUGGCUCCAGGGACCACAUGUACGUCAGGUGACCUCAGUCUGGUGUAUGGUUGGAGGAGCGGCGAAGAAAAAGAUAGUUUGUUCACCGUGUCUCCAUCGGGACAGUUCACCACCUCUGGCACCUUAACCUUUGACAGGACUCAGCCAGGCGACGCUGCCGCCACCGCGGCUGCCAUAAUCUCAGAAAGCUCAUCUCAGAGCGAGGUGUACGCCAGCACAGCAGUCCUGACAGCGUUACCAGCGCUGGCCGUAGUUCCUCAGCCGGUUCAGGCCAAGAUGACCGUGUCAGCGGCAGCGUCUCCGUCUGCAGGGAUGGUGAGUGGGCUGGAGGUCUCGCCUGUAGGGGGUGCAGGGCCAGUGGUCAGUGAGGGGCAGAAGAACACCUGGCUGUACCUUGAGGAGCUGGCAAACACACUGCUCAACAACGUCCAGCAGCUGAAGGCUCUGAUCGAACAGGCCAAAAACUCCCCAGGGGACACGGCUGGGAUCAAAGGUCAGGGAGGCAGGAAGGAGUGUGGUCUCAAUCAGUCGUUUCAGAACCAGAUUUCGUUUCAGCAGGCGGAGGACUCGGAGGUCAAGAGGAACUCCGAAAUCACAGAGAUCAUCAUUAAUAUGUGUGUGAACUGUGGCCGUGUGGCCAUGAGUGAGUGUACGGGCUGUCACAAGGUCAACUACUGCUCCACCUUCUGUCAGAGGAAGGACUGGAAGGAUCAUCAACACACCUGCUGUCAGUCAGCAGGAGGCGUGGCUGUUCAGGAGGAAGAGCCAAUCACAACCAUGGACAUGGACAAAGUGAAAUGAGGGUGCAGCAGGCCCCACCCACAGUCUGCAGGAAGACAGGAGCAGCAAGGUCUUCAAACGGGAAGUCCUCAUUCUACAGCAAACAUGUCUGUGCUGAAGACUUAAAAGCAUCCUUCUGGGACUUUUAGUGUGAAAGUUUCCCCUCAAACAGACAUGAAAGGAGUUUCUGAACUCCUGAGAGCUGAACAUGUUUCAUAAAAACUGAUUUCAUAUUUUUUAAAGAGAAGUUUGUGUAACUGCUGAACUGCACACGAAGGUGAUCUGAACUGAAUCAGUACUUCAGUAAUUAUCAGAGCAGUAAUUCACCACCACUAUGUCAUGAUGUUUACAAGAUAAUAUGCUGAAAAGUUGAGGGCUGCAACUAACCAUAAUGUUUGCAAUUCUGUCAAUUAAUUUACUAAUUAGUUCAGACACUGAUGAUAAUGAUGAUUUCUAUUUUGUACUGUCUUUCAGGGAUUGUUAUCUCUCUGUUGUUUUAUGAAACAUUAUUUUGCUGCCAUUUUAACCCCUGACAAACAGAUUUAAACCUCCAGACACCGGCCUGGAUAAAUAAAGGUCAAAUACAUCAAUAAAAUAAAACCGUUAUUAAAUUAUA